CUCAGAUUCACAUGGCCGACGAAGCGAAGACGCUCGACUUUGCGUGGCUCCCGGCGGGCACGGAAGCGCUCGCGGACGGCGAGUACGAUGCCAUUGUCCUCGGCACGGGCCUGAAGGAGUGCAUCUUGAGCGGCCUCUUGGCGACCAAGGGCCAGAAGGUGCUGCACAUUGACCGGAACGACUACUACGGCGGUGACUGCGCGUCCUUGAACUUGACCAACCUCUACGGCAAGUUCCGCAACGGCGCCGAGCCGCUGACGGGCCUUGGCUCGAACCGCGACUACAACAUCGAUUUGAUCCCGAAGUUCAUCAUGGCCUGCGGCAAGCUUGUCAAGAUGCUCUUGCACACCAAGGUCACGCGGUACCUCGACUUCAAGAACGUCGAUGGCAGCUACGUGUACAAGGGCGGCAAGAUCUACAAGGUGCCUGCCACGGGCGAAGAAGCGCUCAAGUCGUCGCUCAUGGGCAUCUUUGAGAAGCGCCGCUUCCGCAGCAUGCUCAUGUACAUUUACAACUACGAGGAAGAUGACCCGUCGACGUUCGAUGGCCUCGACCUCAAGACGCAGCCGAUGAGCGACCUCUACGCCAAGUUUGGUGUGGAUGCCAACACGCAGAGCUUCACGGGCCACACCAUGGCCUUGAUGCGCGACGACGAGUACCUUCGUCAGCCCGCGAUUGAAGCCGUGCGUGCUAUCAAGAUGUACGCGUACUCGCUUGAGCGCUACGGCAAGAGCCCGUACUUGUACCCUAUUUACGGUCUUGGUGGUUUGCCCGAAGGCUUCUCGCGCCUCUGUGCCAUCCACGGCGGUACCUUUAUGCUCCACCGCAGCGUCGACGAAGUGCUGAUCGAAGACGGCAAGGCGUGGGGCAUCCGCUGCGGCAACGAAGUCGCCAAGGGCAAGAUCAUCAUUGGCGACCCGUCGUACUUUCCCGCCGAGAAGACGCGCACGACGGGCCAAGUCGUGCGCUCGAUCUUCAUCUUGCGCCACCCGAUCAACAACACGGCCAACUCGGAGUCGUGCCAGAUCAUCAUCCCGGCCGCGCAGGCCAACCGCCACAGCGACAUUUACGUGUGCGUCGUCUCGUUUGCGCAUUGCGUCGCGGCCAAGGACACGUACAUUGCGAUUGUGAGCACGACGGUCGAGACGUCCAACCCGCUCGCGGAACUCGAACUUGGUAUCUCGCUCCUCGGCGAGUACGUCGACCGCUUCGACUCGGUCUCGGACCAGCUCGAGCCGAUUGGCGAUGGCAAGGCCGACAACUGCUUUAUCAGCGCGUCCUACGAUGCGACGAGCCACUUUGAGACGACGUCAGACGACGUCUUGAGCCUGUACAAGCGCAUUACGGGCGAAGAACUCGACAUGAACAUCAACGCCGACUCGACGGACGCGGACCAGUAAGCGCGCCACUGCAUCUUUUAGGUGUAUUUCUCUUUCUACUCUAUCCCAAUCAGUUCACAUCCCGUCAUGUCA